GUCGCGUAACCCGCACGCUCCCAGCCGCGCCAACCCGCGCCAACCGCGCCAACCGCGCCAACCGCGCCGACACUGCCGGCACAACAAAACUCUCCCGUGUCCUUGUAUUACUAUGUGCUUCUGAUCGCUCUGCGAGGAACCGCUGCUCGUCACACCAAACUAUAUAAUAUAAAUCGUCGGUUCGCUAUCGACAUACCAAUCAAGACGAUCAGUGAGCUGAAGCGCAAAAGGAAGAGGUCCAAUCUCCUGUCAGAGGUUGAAUAAUGUGGUCGGGCAUGCGCCCGGCGGGAGAGCGCUUGCGGCUGUGUACUUAGUAGAAGGGGAUGCGCGUGUGGUGGGGGGCGCGGGCGGCGCUAAGCAUGCGCGUGUGUGUGGCCACCGUGCUCGCGGCGCUAGCGCUGCGGUCGGCGGCGGAACCCGCGCCGCGACGCCACCCCGCCGAGUGGCGGGCCCGAGACCUCGCGCGCUCCCGCCCGCUGCACGACCUCUUCGAGCCAGAGGCGGCGCCGCCCGAAGCGGAACGCGCCUACGCUCACCAGUCCCCCUCCCUCCCGUCGGCCUCAUUGCACAAGGACCGCCGUCGCGUGCGCAACUGGAACAAACGUGCCCCGCGCAUUCCUACUGAGAUCGCCAGUCAGAUGAUGCUGCGAGCAUCGCGCUCCAGUCGACCCUAUGAUGUGCCCCAAAUAGAGUGCCCCCCAGCUGCGGAUGGUAUGGAAAGAUUUGCUUGUCCGACACCGGACCGACAGGGGCGUUACCGAUGCAUUGAUGACCACGUGCUGUGUGACGGGUUCAUCGACUGCCCUAACGGCGAAGACGAGGACCGACAGGCCUGUAUGUUCUACAAGACGACAAAGGCUCACCUGGACGUGUUGGCGGACGCCCUGCUCCGGUGGGCCCGCGGUCGCUAAACACAUCGCCAGCUCGACCUAAAACAACCGUAUUACUUGUUUUGUAAUAUCUUUAAUCAGUGUCAUAGACUUCAGUUAACUGAAAACGGGGCUAGUGUGCUCUCAGUGGAAGCUGCGAACUCCCAUGCGUAAAUAAAUUAUUCGGGCGCAACCAGUCAAGAGUACGUAUUAAAACGCGUGAAAGUAAUGAAACAUAUCAAGUAGUGGUGCAGCCUAUGCCAAAAACUUGACCACUUAAAGUGUAGCGUAAGGAUUUGAACAGCGAACAGACAGAGUUCGAUAAGUGCCGACCGUGCAGCCGCCGGCGCGCGCCUGACCGCCGCGCCGCUGCCGCCGACCCGCGCGUUCAAACGAAUCGGUACGAUCUGGUUUCGUCCCUACACCCUCUCAGCAGCUCAUUUAUUUUCCAAAAUUUCGUACCUUCUAGCACUUAUUAUAAAAUGUGAGACUGGUAGUCAACAUUAUAAUGUAGAAAUUAUAUAUAAAUUAUAUUUUAGUGUAAUAGUUCUUCAUUUGAGGAAAAACAUAAAUGUUUAUAUCGAUUUGUUGAAAUAUUUAUUUACUCUAUGCAUUUACUCUAUAUUAAGUUAUAACUUAUGACAUUCCUUAUAGAUGAGGGUUGUAAAGUAUAUAAGUGGACUUCUAAGAAUGUGUACAUAUAUAUUUGGAAUUAUUUAAAUUUGUUUAUUAUUCGGCCUAUAUUUGGCGGCGGUGCCUGCUUCCAAGUGUUACGAAGUUUUCGUAAGCAGUCGCCCGGAGCGCGAACCCAUUCGCGAAUACUUUCGUACUCACCACCGACACGUUAUUUUUUUAAAUUUAAAAGAUUAAGUAUUUUAAUGAACAUUCAUCUCAACUAUUGGCAGCUAUUGUAUAAUCGUUAUUAUGAAGUUAAUCAAUUAUAUUAAACAUAUUUUUUCAUUUACAUUACAUCUUAUAUUAGAUAUUAUGUAUGUAUAGAUGUCAUAAAGUACAUUAUAUUCCUAAUCAUAAUUUGGUACAAGUAGCACAGUUAGCGUAUCGACUGAGUGGCCAUUGUUAGCGUUUGUCGAAGAAGUCUGAAUUAAAUCGACUCUAGUCAUCAAUCAGUUCCUAUUGUUUAUCUGCCAUAGUUCAUACUUCGUUUAUUGUUGAUAUUAUGUACUUACUUAUUUAACUAGUAUACUAAUCUAUCUUUAUGUGAAUUAGUUUUACUACCACACAUCGAGCGUUAAUCAUUUUAGCGAUUUGAUGACAUUCGAAGUUCUUCGAUGUGAACGAGAAUUCAUUGGUGCGAUAUUUUGGUAAAAGAUGAUUGAAGUAACUGCUCACUUAUGUAGUGAAUACAGACUCCAUCGGCAGCACGAAUCAUUUGAAGUCAUGAAAAAAAAAAAAAAAAAAAUGGCGUGACUUGGCCGGACAAAACAUUUAACAAAUACGCUUGCGUAUUAACUAUUGAGAAAUUAAAAAAAAACAUGCAUACUCUGUAAAAAAAUACCUACUUAAAUGUUUGCAAUUUUACAUUAAUUAUGAUUAUUUUGCUUACCUUAUACAAGGAACAUAAUCAGGAUAUCGAUUUCUUCAAUUUGUGUACUUAGCUAAGAUAGAGAGGACCGGACAGUUGUACCAUGCAUGUGUGCCCUGGUGUACACACCGCCCCACUGCUUUCUCC